AUGGAUAUCGUGCUUAAACUUUUGCCUUCCAAUCCAGAAGACCAAGGAACACAAAGAUGCAGAUUAGGACCCAAGGCAAUGUCUCUGCUUGGAGUAAAACUAGGACGCCCAGUUCUAAUGUCUUUGCCAAGUGGCACCUGCCUCUGCACAGCCUGGCCCAGGAAGGAUUUAUGCGAUGGGCUCCUUCAGAUUGAUUUCAUGUGUUGUUCUUCACACAAACCAUUGACUCCAUUAAAAAAUACAACCAUAACGUUAAACCAGCUCAAAAGUUUAACAUCUGUCAAAUUAAGAAAGGUUACAGUAAAAGUUAUAUUAAAGAACUUGGAAGUCAAACUAGCAACCAGUGGAGCAACUAUUUAUGAUCUAGUGAAGGAUCUAUUAAGAAAUAUAUAUGUGUUACCUCGUUACAUGUUAACCAUUAAUGGAGAUUCUUCUGUUGUGAAUAUAGUGGUACUUGACACUGACCUUUUAGAUGAUGGUGCUGGCCUUAUAACUGCAAAAACAAGUAUACACAUAAAAGAGAUCACCACUUUAGAGUGGUACCAGCAUACAUUACAGGAUAACCCUCAGUGCCAAGUGGCAGGAAUUAAUGACAUAUGUGCCUCACUUAAAGAAAUGAUCAAUUUACCUUUGCACUAUCCGGAGACCAUGUCUAAAUUAGGCUUCUCUUGUCCAAGGGGACUACUAUUGGUUGGACCUCCUGGUGUUGGGAAGACCCUCCUGGUAAAAGCGGUUGCAAGAGAAGUUGGAGCAUGUUUAGUUAGUGUCUGUGGCCCUGCAAUUCAUGGUUCAAGACCUGGAGAGAGUGAGGAAAACUUACGGGACAUUUUUCAGAAAGCACGAGGGAUCUCCUGUGGUGGUUCAUGCAUUCUUUUUAUAGAUGAGAUUGACUCCUUAGUCCCUAAACGGGGAAGUUCAAGUAAUGCUCCUGAAAACCGAAUUGUUGCUCAAUUGCUGACACUUAUGGAUGGCAUCCACAGUGACAACAAGAUGGCCAUUGUAGCUGCAACAAACAGGCCUGAUGCCCUAGACCCAGCAUUGAGAAGACCAGGUAGAUUUGACAGAGAGGUAAAUUUAGCAAGUUAAAACAGACAACUAGCUGGUAGGGCCCAACAUUUGGAAAUGUGUUUCUAUUAAAAAGAUACUAGACACACAGACCACUUCAUCUGAUUGAAAUGUCUGGGUGUAGUGUCCCUGUCCCCUUAACCCUGCAAUGUAAAACAUUUCCCUUAGGAUAAAUAUAGCCUCCGUGGCUGUCUGCCAGACAGCCACAAGAGGCGCCUGCAUUUUCACUGUUUGCACGAGGAUGUGCAACGCCUUCAAAAUCAGUAGAAAAACAUUUAAUUUAAAACUUUUCUAUUGGGAAGUUCUAAAUGUUAACUUGACGUUAGGCCUCCAACAGCAUGAACUUGGUGCUGGAGUGUUCAUGGCAUGCUUAUUCGGCUCUCCCUAUAGGAAAGCAGUGCAGGGACAGUGCACCCAGAUCACUUCAAUGAGAUGAAGUAGUCCUAAUGUCUAUAGUGUCCCUUUAAUCCUGGUUUAUGCAGUUAGUGAUUUCUUAACAUAUUUUGAACAAACCGAAAAUCAUUUUAAUGUUUCAUAUGGUCCUGUAUUUACUUAAAAUACAAAACAUUUGAGUCGUUUUUGUUGUUUUUUUUAAACUUAUGGAAAAAAAGUAAUAGUAUCCUUAACUGUUUUUCAGUAUGCGUGAAUUAACAUGUUUAGUUACUUAUGUCAUGCAUGUUUUUGAAGUGAGAUAACAUCCAAUUAGAGAAGAUCACUGUACCGGAUUCCGAAUUUCUAAAGGAAGAUACAGUAUAAUGUCUGUAAUAGAACUGCUGGCUUUUUACACCUUAAUUCUUUCAGGUCAUCAUUGGAAACUGCACACAGUAG